AUGGCGAACCCGAAUACUCUAUACCGGUUCGGGAUAUUUCUAUCCCUGUUCCUGCUAAAUGCAGUUCAAUCUCAAUCAGCAGUGGCGAGUAUAGAUCUGGGAUCAGAAUGGCUGAAAGUCGCCGUGGUCAACUUGAAACCGGGUCAGGCCCCGAUUUCGAUCGCGAUCAACGAAAUGUCGAAACGGAAAACUCCUUCUCUCGUUGCUUUUCAUGCCAAUUCGCGAUUAAUUGGCGAGGAAUCACUUGGUCUUCUUGCGCGAUACCCAUCCAAAGUCUAUUCCCAUCUCCCAAUUUUACUCGCGAAACCCUUUAACUACACGCAGAAGUUUCUCCGGUCGCAUUAUCUUAGUUACGACAUUUCUCCGGACGAAACCCGGGGCGUUGCGGUGUAUAGAAUUGAGGGAGAGGGGGGAGAAUUUAAUAACUUUACGGCUGAGGAGAUGUUGGCGAUGAUAUUGAAGUAUGCGAUGGGACUUGCGGAGAAUCACGCGAGGAGUAGUGUUAAGGAUGUGGUGAUCACGGUGCCGCCUUACAUGGGGGUGGCUGAGAGGAGGGGGCUGUUGACGGCCGCAGACUUGGCUGGGAUCAAUGUGCUGGCGUUAGUCAAUGAGCAUUCGGGGGCAGCCUUGCAGUAUGGGAUUGAUAAGGAUUUUUCCAAUGGGUCCAGGCAUGUGAUGUUCUAUGACAUGGGGGCAAGCAGUACUUAUGCUGCCUUGGUUUAUUUCUCGGCUUACAAUGCUAAAGAGUUUGGAAAGACCAUUUCCGUUAAUCAAUUCCAGGUGAAAGAUGUUAGAUGGAACGCAGAACUUGGAGGUCAAAAUAUGGAGUUGCUGUUGGUGGAAUACUUUGCAGACGAGUUCAACAAACAGCUUGGAAAUGGGGUUGACAUCAGAAACAAUGCAAAGGCAAUGGCCAAAUUGAAGAAACAAGUUAAGCGUACCAAAGAAAUUCUUAGCGCCAACACAAUGGCCCAAUCUCUGAAUAGCCAUUGGCACCAAAUUACUGGAAAAGUGAUAAAGUCGAACGCAUUUAUUUCUAUUUCUGUUCAUAAGCUUAUUAGGAGCACAAUAUCUCGCGAGAAGUUUGAGGAGCUCUGCAAAGAUCUGUGGGAAAAAGCUCUCGUCCCGGUAAAAGAAGUUUUAAAGCAUUCAGGUUUGAAGGCUGACGAAUUAUAUGCAGUGGAGUUGAUCGGAGGUGCCACCAGGGUACCAAAAUUGCAGGCUAAGCUUCUGGAACUUCUAGGAAGGAAGGAUCUGGAUAAACAUUUGGAUGCAGACGAAGCUAUUGUUCUGGGUGCUUCAUUACAUGCCGCAAAUUUAAGUGAUGGGAUAAAAUUAAAUCGUAAGCUGGGAAUGAUUGAUGGUUCUACUUACGGAUUUGUGAUGGAGUUAGAUGGUCCCAAUCUUUCGAAAGAUGAAAAUCCUAGACAGUUGAUUGUGCCGAGAAUGAAAAAGUUACCGAGCAAGAUGUUCAGAUCCAUUAUUCACAACAAAGAUUUUGACAUUUCACUUGCAUAUGAGAGUGAAGAUUUUAUUCCACCUGGUGCAUCUUCACUUACAUUUGCUCAGUAUGCUGUCUCGGGUCUAACAGAUGCUACUGAUAAGUACUCGUCACGGAAUCUUUCCUCGCCGAUUAAGGCCAAUUUGCACUUUUCUCUCAGUAGAAGCGGUGUAUUUUCCUUGGAUCGAGCAGAUGCUGUUGUUGAGAUUACUGAAUGGGUAGAAGUUCCACGGAAGAAUCUGACGGCCGACAACACAACCUCUGCUUCUGCCAACAGUACAGAAGCUGGUCCGAACGGUACAUCAGAAGAAAACAAUGACAAAUUGGAGAUGAAUGAUAGCACGAGUAAUACAUCAGAUUCCAGUGUAACUGAUUCUUCCACUGUGGAUCUUGGCACGGAAAAGAAGCUGAAAAAGAGGACUUUUCGACUUCCACUUAAGAUUAUUGAGAAGACAACAGGGCCUGGAAUGCCUCUUUCAAAAGACUCAUUUGCUGAGGCUAAACUUAAAUUAGAGGCAUUAGAUAAGAAGGAUGCAGAAAGGAGGAGAACAUCUGAAUUGAAAAAUAAUUUGGAAGAAUACAUUUAUUCUACUAAAGAAAAGCUUGAAUCUGAGGAAUUUGAGAAAAUAUCUUCAGACCAAGAGCGGCAAUCCUUUAUUGGAAAGCUCAAUGAGGUACAAGAAUGGUUGUAUACCGAUGGUGAAGAUGCUUCAGCCAAUGAAUUUCAAGAGCGCUUAAAUACUUUGAAAGCUAUUGGUGAUCCCAUAUUCUUUAGGUACAAUGAACUUACUGCACGGCCAGUUGCAUCUGAACAUGCUCAGAGAUACCUUGGGGAGGUGCAUCAGAUUAUACAUGGAUGGGAAAAGGACAAAUCUUGGCUUCCAAAAGAGAAAAUAGAUGAGGUCAAACGUGAGGCUGAAAAGGUGAAGAAUUGGUUGAAUGAGAAGGAGGCGGAGCAGAAGAAGAUUUCUGGAUUUAAUACCCCAGCAUUCAAGUCUGAAGAAGUAUAUACGAAAGUUUUUGACCUUCAGGACAAGGUUGCAAAAAUCAAUAGGAUUCCCAAGCCAAAGCCAAAAGUUGAGAAGCCUGUAAUGACUGAAAAUGAGACUGCUGCUGAUAAAUCAGAUGACACGGAUGCAUCUUCUGAAGAGACUUCUCAAAAAGAUCAAAAAGCCGGAGAAUCAGAGUCUGUAACUGACAAAACGGAUGAAUCCAACGUUCAUGAUGAGUUGUGA